AUGUCUGCUAACGACCUCCGGGGGGUGGGUGAUGAGCGCCGUCUCAGGCCCUGUAUCCUUGGUUCCUCUAUUAUCUGCGUCGAUGUGUUGGUGCAAGUGCUUUCCCGCCGCAAGAGCUUCCAGAUCGCCAACAGCAGUAAUUUCCUGUCAUCAUCAUUAUGUCUCAGUGCCGGAGUUAUGCUCUUUACCUCCCUCUAUAGCAUGCUCCCCACUUCGAAGCAAUACCUCACGCGCGCCGGCUUCUCCCCCUCUGUAUCUGCAUAUAUCUUGAUCGGUCUUUUCAUUGCCGGAGUGGCAGCCCUUCAAUUAGUAUCUGGAUUUGCACAUCGAUAUAUCCCAUCUCAUGUUGUUGACUGUGCCCAUACCCACGGCGAGUCGGAAAGUGAUCCCGAGCGUGGCGAGCCCGCACACGAGGAUCAUAUUCACAACCAUACAAAUGGACAUACCGAACAAACACCGCUGCUACGGCCUAAUAAAACAUCUUCAUUCAAGUCGACGCCAGCGGUGGUGCAACGGAGCCAACAUGCCGAACCGACCCCCAGACGCCGCGAGACAAUGCGGGCAAUCCUAACGCGUAGCAUUACGUCGCUUAUGGGUGGUGUAAAACCCACCUGUGACGAGAAUGGGCCUUGCUUUGGAAUUUCGCAAACCUGCGGCAGCGAAUGCACCAAAGUGCUUCCGCCAUCCAACGGCAAUGAAACUACGCGACCAAGCCUGCCGCAUCGUGCAAGUAUAUCCGUGCCGCUAGAACCGGAGAUUUCCCGCGCGGAACGUGAUGUUGGCAAUGAACAUACUCAUAAUGCACCAGAAGGGGGAUAUUUUGACACCAUAUCCGCACAGCACCACAUGCACCCAUGUGCUUCGUCCGCUUCGUCUCAGGUCUUAGACCCACAUUCAAGUCAUUUAUCUCAUUCGCAUUCCGAGCAUCACUCCCAUUCGGAGCAUCAUCACCACGAAUCCCACGACCAUCUCGUAGAUGUUGAAUCUGAGCGUCCCAAAUCUGCGGCUGGAAACCCACACCAUCAUCAUGUCCCUAAAAAUGCAUUCAUGUCCAUUGGACUCCAGACCUCACUCGCCAUUGCCCUGCAUAAGCUCCCCGAGGGCUUCAUCACCUACGCGACAAACCACGCCAGCCCAACCCUCGGUAUGACGGUAUUUCUAGCCCUAUUCAUUCACAACAUCGUGGAAGGCUUUGCCAUGGCACUCCCGCUGUACCUAGCCCUCGGUUCUCGCUGGAAGGCAAUGUUCUGGUCCAGUCUCCUGGGAGGUAUCAGCCAACCAGCCGGUGCCGGCCUGGCUGCGCUUUGGAUCUGGAGCACUGGGCAACACGGUAGCGACGAUGCCACAGGCCCCUCGUGGGGUAUAUAUGGAGGUAUGUUCGCUGCCACCGCUGGAGUCAUGACUUCGGUUGCAUUGCAACUCUUCAGCGAGGGCCUUAAUCUCACCCAUCACCGCGGAAUCGGGAUUGGGUUUGCCAUUGCAGGCAUGGGGCUGAUGGGUGUCAGCUUUGCAUUAACUGCUUGA